CACAGCUGUAGAGCUUCAGUUUUCUUCACGGUCAGGGAUGCUGACGGGUCAUGUCAAGAGAAGAGGCGAGUGGAACCUAAGUACUCCUGAACUUUUGUUCUCCUGGACAGUAUACUGAUAAAUCGGAAGACAUUUCAAAGAAGACUUUGCAGCUCAAGAGUGUUCGUCUAUAUAUCGCUCUAUAAGAAACUGAUUAAUUCGUAAUAUUAAAUCGCUUUCGGCGGACAUUGGCGGGUCCUCAUAAAAUGUUUCCAGAGAGAGGAAGCUUGACUUUUCUCACUGUGGUUUUGAUCGUGACGCUGUCAUGUGAAGCGAGAGACGAUGCAGCUGUGACUCAGAACCAGCCUCAGCCAGAUGAAGCAGAACCUAACGCAGAUCUCACCCUGAAGGACCCUACCGGAGAGCCAUGGGUGAAGCCACGCUUCACUCAGCCCACAAAGAUGCGCAGGCGUGUGCUAGAGCAGCCCGUUGGCAGCUCGGUGCGUCUCAAGUGUCUGUCCAGUGGCAAUCCAACACCGGUCAUUUCAUGGUGGAGAGACCAGAGCAGGCUGCCCAGCCCUCACCAAAGUAAACGCCCACAGUGGACGCUGACUCUGAAGAACCUGCAGCCUCAGGACAGUGCCAAAUACACCUGUCUCGUCUCCAAUGCAGCUGGCCAUAUCAAUGCCACCUACAAAGUGGAUGUAAUUGAGCGUACCAACUCCAAACCCAUUCUGACAGGUACCCAUCCUGUCAACACAACUGUGGAGUUUGGUGGAACAGCUUCCUUCCAGUGUAAGGUCCACAGUGAUGUGAAGCCAGUAAUACAGUGGCUGAAGCGAGUUGACCCGGGCACAGAGGGGCGCUAUAACUCCACACUGGAGGUAGGAGGCCAGCACUUUGUUGUGCUGCCCACUGGGGACGUGUGGUCCAGACCUGACGGUUCCUACCUCAACAAGCUGGCCAUCGUCAAGGCACGUGACGAGGAUGCUGGAAUGUACAUCUGUCUAGGGGCUAAUACCAUGGGCUACAACUCUCGCAGCGCCUACCUCACCGUUCUCUCAGAUCCCAAGAAGGAUAAGGACAUCAUUCUCCGCCACAUCAGCCCCGGUCUUCCCUGGCCACUUAUUAUUGGGAUCCCAGCUGCUGCCCUGCUCAUAGUAGGAGCCAUCGUGCUCUGGUUGUGCCACAGCCGCAGACACCAGAGUGCUUUGCCUCCCCGACCGAUGACCUAUCGAGACCACCACAUUCCAGACAAGGAGCCCAGCUCAUCCAACGGCACCAACCCUGACCUGCCCAACCAGAGACUAAUGGGAAUGGGGCCCCCAGCUCUCAGCGGUCCACCAAAGAUUUAUACCAAGGUCUACACAGACAUGCACACCCACACACACUCCCAUGCACACAUGGAGGGAAAAGUACACCAGCAUUUCCAUUACCAGUGUUAGCAGGUUACCAUCAGGUUACCCAUGCUGCUGCCUCAGUUCUCAUGAGCUAAGGGCCACCACUUGAGGACCACAACCAUACUGUUCUGAUGGAGCCCAUUUACCUUGAAAUGUCUCAGGUCAAGGACAAUGUCUCACACUCAGUAGAGCUGCAGUGGACCUCAAUUCUUCUGAGUGCAAAAACAAAUAACACUGAAUAAAGGCAACCUGAGCAAGUGCUAACAGUCCAAGAACAAUACUUGGACCUUUCUGCUAUUCAAAAGCCAAGCAUUACACAGGAAGUAGAGCAGAGAUAUUUUAUAUUUGGAGAAACUGUGAUGAUGUGUGUUAAACAUACUGGUUGCCCUGUUUACAAUGUGUUCUGAACAUUAAUGUCAAGAAAUUAGCAAAGAUGUGGUGUUUUCUUUUACUUGUUUGUUUGUUUUUGUUUUGCAACUUUAUAUGUGAAGAAAUGAUGCAAGGAAAUGUCAGGGAAAAUAGACGGAUAACUAAAUGGAAAGGGGGUAAGGGCUUCUGUUGUAUUGCCAUUAAAAGGUGCUUUGUGUGUAUGUAUGUAUGUAUUCAGCUCUACUUUCUGAUGAUUGCAGUAUUAUGUAACAUUAUCUAUGUCAGUGCAGUCUCACUGUUUGCUAAUUACAGUCAAGGAAACUUUUAUUUCAAACACAUUGUGUAUCAUUUCAAAUUACAGAUGAUCUGUAAACAUGGCAUUUCUGUUUGAUGAUAAUAUAUUUUUAGACUCCAACAAAAACUAGUCAGCAGGUCUUUAUAAACCUCCUGUGAGCCGAUAUACAAAUCUCGUUAAAAUCUGUAAAUGUGACAACAUGUUUAUUUGAGAUACUGCAUGCUCCGAUUUUUACUUUGGUGCUCAUUUAAGUGUGUUUUAAUAAUAUUUUUGUAAGAAAUAAAUAAUUUUUUAUUUUUCCCUAUGUGUUUACAGUUUGACCCCAGAAGCGUGCGUAUUUUCAAUGGGAAUUGAAAGUUGACGCUCCUCACCCUCCCUAAUAUGGCCUCAGACCACUGUUAGUUCAGCAGGCUGAGGAAUGCAAUAAGAAAAUCAAGUUAUUCUUUUCGACACCAGGAAAGGAGGGAAAUAUUCCCAGCAGGAUUUGAUGGGUAUUAAUAUUCGGAGAGGGUUACAAAGAGGGGGCUAGAGUUCUUAAGGCUGUUUCCUCUGUGUUCCCUGUGGAUGACAAAGGAAAGAAAAACUCUCCUGUAACACCAAACUCCCAAGAGGCGAGCACUGACUGAGCACUGGACAUUUGAACUUUUAAAAGAAAAACGUUUAGACUGUUUAAAUGUGAUGAAUCAGUUGUGUGAACUGAGGGACUGUCAGUACCUGCCAAGCCAAUUGUACAGUAAAAUAGACAAGAAAAAGCUAGGCUGCCAUCUAGAGGCCAUAAUUAGUGGUACCACUCAAUGUGCAAUAAUAGUGCCUUGUAGUAAUAUUAAUACUUCCCCAAAAAUGUUUUAUAAAUCAACAUCCGUCUAAAACGGUCUCUGAGCUCAGAACUAAAGUCAUGUAAAUUUCAAUUUGAGAUGUAAAGCUAUAGGCAUCUUUAAUGUGACUUUAACUAUAGCUGAUUAUUCAUAAUUUCUGUCAGUUCAUAGGUCUUGCAAGUAAAGUGUGUGUGUGUGUGUGUGUGUGUGUGUGUGUGUGUGUGUGUGUGUGUGUGUGUGUGUGUGUGUGUAGAGAGAUACAUGUAGAUCAAUAUCCUGCAUGUUUUCAAGCUUUUCAUCUUGAAAGCAUUCAACAGGAACAGCUUGUAUUUCUUCUGUGGCUUUCUGAAUAUAGUAGGUAAAAUUAUGCUGCCUUUGUCAGAGGUUUAACAACCACACCUCAACAAUUUGUCUAUAUACUAAAAAUUAGAAGUGCUAAUAAGAUGCUUCCCAUUGCAUUUCAAGAGAGACUAGCAUUGAUGGUGUCUCAAGUGCUUCUUUGAAUUGGCUUAAACAUAUACUUUUUUAAUGGUGAUUAUGGUAUUUCAGGCAGGAUUAACAGAAAAAAAUUAAAAAUACUGUUAAUAAAUGAUAGUAUAAGAAUAAACAGAAAACAUCUGAGACAGAUGAAUGAGCAUUUCAUUUUUAUUUAGAGCAAACAAUAAAAGCUAUAUUGAUUCUUGAAUAGUUUCUAUUUAUAUCUAUUCUAUAUUUGUUUGUUUGUUUGUGGUCUUUUUGUGCUGUGCUACAUGGGUUUGACCUUGAUCUUGCUCUUGUAUAGAUAAAAAUAAAAUGCACCUCAUG